AACGGAAUACUUGGUCAACCAACGACAACACCUUUGCUAGGGAUUCCCGCCACACGACGCCUUCACCCCGUCAAUUCGAGUGCUGGCGAUCUAGUUUGCGAUUCAACGAUAGCCGGCGCGACCUGUGAUCACCCUCGUUCUUGCGAUUUCAGUACCGAGCGCCCCGGAAGAACGGCCAGCUACGGACUCCGAGAGUCCGUAGUCACCCAAACCGUCGCCGUCUCAUUGAUCCCAGCCUGAGACCGAGUCUGCUGCUCAACGGCAAACAAUUCCAACCCGGAAAGCCUCAAAACUACACCUCCUCUCAUCCGCGAAAAUGGCCAACCCGCUCGAUACCGACGCCGGCACCGAACUGUUCAAGCACUAUGAAACGGAGUACCAGCUGGUCCAGGCCGACCUGGUCCAGAAACUCGACCAGAUCGCCGAGCUGUCGGGCGAGCCCAGGAAGGCGGCGCUGAGCGCGGCCGAGCGGGCGCUGGAAGAGGCGGACGAGCUGCUCGGCCAGAUGCAGGUGGAGAAGCAGAACGUGCCCUCGGCACAGCGCGCCGCCAUCAACAGGCGACUGCGCGAUUACAAGACAGACGUCGACGGUUACCGGCGAAAGUUGCGCACCCUGGCCGAUGACAGGAGCGCGUUGUUUGGCGGGCGCUACACAGACAACCCGGGCUCCUCGUCCGGGGAUGCUCACUUCGAGCAGCGGCAGCAGUUGUUGGCAGGGACCGACCGGUUGGACCGCAGCACGCAGCGGCUCAAGGCCAGCCAAGCGUUGGCGAACGAGACAGAGGCCAUCGGGGCCAGCACGCUCGCGCAGCUGCAACAACAACGCGAAACCAUUGACCACACCACCAGGGUCCUGUACGAGAGCGAAGGCUACGUUGACCGUAGUAUCAAGAGCCUCAGAGGGAUCGCUCGUAGGAUGGCUACAAAUCGGGUGAUCACCAUCGCCAUCAUCACCGUCCUAGUUCUGCUCAUCAUCGCCGUCAUUUUCAGCAAGUUCAGAUGAUUCGCUUUAUGAGGACCUCUGUUUUUGGGUCAUUCGAUCUCGGAGAGCACGACUAGAAGGUGUUUUCGGAUUAUCUCGGUAUCUCAAGAGUCCAAUGCGGCGGAGCGGCCACUCUGGAACAGUGGGUUCGUUUUAACCCGCCUCAACUUUGGUUGGGGCAGUAGUUGUCGAGACGGCGUGCUGUUUUAUCUGUACAUGAUAGUUUUGGGCGUGGCUAGCGAACCCUCCUGGUUUGAUGACAGUCUCUAACUUACGCUUCGGCACUCAAUCUGCGAUUUCUCGGCGGAAAAUAUGAAUCCAAACAUGAAUU